AACUAGAUGGCGCUCUCAAAACAGAAAAUCGUUGAUUUAAUCUGUUCUGUGGUUUUCAUUAACACGAUAAUCUGAAUUGUAUAUCGGGAAUUGUAUUAUAAUUUGAGGUUGACAGUUAUGAGAUUUGUAUAAAGGAUAUUGCAAGUGACAUGUUAUAGGUUAUUAACAUUAUGACGAUUAAAUACACAUAAAUAUGAAACAACAAGUCAUAGAUACCAAAACAAUUUCUGGAUCAACAGGAGAAGCUGACGAGUGUUUGUUUGAAUAUUUACAUGCUGAAAUAGUUAAUUAUGUUUUAAGUUUAUCGCUAGAUACAAAGGAAGGUAAAGAGGAUCUGUCUCGAUUGGAAUGGAUGGGAUUUAGUGUUGGAUAUAAAAUCAUUGAACGAUUAACAAGAGAAUGGAGUCGUUUCAAAGAUGAAUUAGAUAUGAUUAAAUUUAUAUGUACAGAUUUUUGGUGCAGCUUAUAUCAUAAACAAAUUGAUAAUCUUAGAACAAAUCACCAUGGGGUAUAUGUAUUACAAGACAAUUCAUUUCGUUUGUUAGAUAAAGUCGGUACUAAUAAUACUAAACAAUAUCUUCCAGAAAGUCCACGCUUAUUAGCAUUUACAUGUGGUUUAUUACGAGGUAGUUUAGCAAAUCUUGGUAUUGUAAGUACUGUAACAGCGGAAACGUCAGCUUUACCAAGUUGCAAAUUCCAUGUUCAAGUACAAAGAAUUUAACAUGUAUAGCUAAGAUAAUAUGCAUUUCAUAUGAUUUAUCACUACAUUAUUGAUAUAAAGUCUGAAAGAUAUAUAAUAUUCUAGUAAUGGAUAUGAGUUUUAUAGUUAACAUGAAGAACAUGUCAAUUAUAUCUAAAAUUUUCUAUAAAUUGUAAAUGAUGUAAAGAAUUAAAACUUAACAUAUACAAGUAAAAUAAAUAUGUAAGUAUUAUGUAACAUUAUAAUUUAUUGGCACUUAUAAAUGUCUAGGCAUUUGCAACUUUAUAAACAUAAUGGAAUAACUAGCAGUUUUCAAGCAUUGAUACAUUACUGACAUUUAAUUCUUACUCCACCAUAAUAUUCUUUAAUAUAAAUUACAUAUGUCUACAAUUCUAUAUUGUUCCAUUAAUUUAUUAAUAUAAAAUUAUAAAAAUAGCGAUAUACAAAAACUUAUGUGGAUCCAUUAGUUUGUAAAGUAUUGUCUUUACUAGAAAUAAAAUUAACAAUGUCAGAAGGAUUUAUAAUUCCAACUAAAGCAUCAUUGUUUAUAUGAUCUACAACAACUACAUAAGCUUCAUGUUCGAGAACUAAUGAAAGUUUUACAAGAGUCGUUGUAGAUAAGACCUUUACGAAAUGUUUUAUCAUAAUAUUUUCUACACAAUCUGUCUGUUUAAUUCCACCAAAUAUUAGCUUACUCAUAAGUACUUGCAUUGUAAGAACACCUUUAACUUUUUCCUCAUUAUCAAUAAUUACAACUUGAUGUGAAUUUGUGGUUUUAAGAAUAUGGAUAGCUUCUUGACAUGUAGCUGUUUUGGAUAAUAGAGGAGGUUUAGUUAUGGAUAAAGUUGAAACUGGGUAAUUGGACCACCAUUUAUUUGAUUCAUCUAGUGAUGGUAUGUCC